AUGGCGUGGCAUGGUGCCGAGGUAUCGUUAAAGUUGAUGCACGGGCCAUUGUGGCUCCGAUUUCCUUUUUUUAAUAUUCUGAACCAAAGCGAGGCGAGAAUGGAGAAACAAAUCAGCAGUCUUUACUUCAAUUCUUUGAGGUUCGCAGAUCUUCGAAUGCAGAUAAGGCACAAACUUAAAGAAUUACCGCAACCACCACAAUUUGAAGCUUCGAUGGUCUACUGGGACAUUCUCGAUCUGUUCGACGAGUAUCUUCCACUCUUGAUUGCUAUUCAACGAUUUCACGUAUUGAAAUACAAUGACAAUGCUACUCCACCGAAGCUGUUAACGAUCUUCUUUCCGCUAUUUUAUGGGUUUGAUGAAAUUAACAUGCUCUCUGACCAGAACGUUUGGAUGCAACAGCGCCCUUCGUAUUGGAUCGCAGUGGAAUUAGUGCUACUGCUGUGGUCGAUGGGUCAAUUGCACGCUUUACAUGCUGAAAGUCACAUGGUACAAGAGGGUGAGUUGUAUAAUUUGUCCAGACUCCAGCAUGCGGAGCUUUCGUGGCAGAGUGCUGUAAGUUUUUACCGUCGGGCUGCGAAAGUCUCGAUUCGGAACAAGGAACGCAUCGAACGCUCUGAUUUGCAAAAGAGACUAGAUUGGAAACUUUUCGACGUAGUAGCAAUCAGUGCAGCCUCUUUGGCACGAAUGUACUCUACUCAUCUACUAUCGACCCAUCUCUCUUGUAUGACUCUAAUGAAGAUUCAACCGAGGCAAAUGUUUCGAAUAGGAUCUGUGCUGGCACGACGAUCGCUGGCACUACUUUGUGAGGCAACCUCGUAUCAAGUUUUUCAAAACGCUCCUAGCCUAUUUGACAAGCUGCAGUGGUGUCUUAACGCUUAUAAAAUUCGGUGGCGGGCAAUAUAUUAUCAGAACGAACUAGCGAAUUACCGAUCGAGCGCAAAUUUUGAGAUUGCGAUACACUUUUGCGAGAAAUUACUCAAACUUCGGAUCGCUGAAUUUCCAGCAACAUUGUCUUCGUUAUGUUGUGCCCAAUUUGCUCAAGAAAUACAACAGAAGCAUCGCGCACAUCUCGCGCUAGCACUGGAUGUAAAGAGAACACUUUUAAGCGAUUAUCGGGAACGGUUCGGAAUGAUAAGGGACGUUUUGUAUGAAUCAGAAGAUGAAGACAGCGCGAGCAAUCACGUGUCUCAUUAUCUUGUAGAAAAGAUCAUAGAGAAUGUUGAAAGGGCAAACUUACGAACAAUUGCUGUUAAUACGGAGUCUUUCAUGCCUAACGAAGGGGAUGGCGUUAUUACUGAAAAUCAAAAAGUAGAAACUUGUCAGGAUGUCAAAUCGAAGUAUAUCAAACCAAGAAAUAAAUCCAUGUCGACAUUUUGUCGUUUAAAACAGAAAUGUCCAGCAACAUGUAAACAAGUAAAACAGGGCGGGACAAAUCCAAAAUAUCAUGAUUCAGGCAGGGUGACGACAACUUGUGGAGGCAAGCAUUUGCAUUUAAAAAAGAUUCUUAACCUUCCUCGAGCGAACGAAGGUGUGAAAAUUUGGGGAAAUGCUCCCUCUACCGGGGACAGACAUUUCGAUACCAGCAGCAGCUCUGAAAAGCCUCAGCUCAAAAUGCGGCCUUCAUCUUAUUGCGGAUUUACUGACACAAAGACCGUCGAACGUAAUUAUGAUAGUGAAAGGCGGCGAUUUCCUUGUGCCCUGUGUGAGCAACGGUAUAUGCGCUCUAGCCUUUCCGGGGUAGCCGUUAUGAAACAAGUGUACGACCUUCGUCGCAAGUGGGGGAUCAUUCAGGACUCGCCAAAGCUAAAUAAUCCGUCCGUGCUUUACGGCACAGCUAAAGUUUGUCUUCAAUGUCUGGAAAUUCUAACACACGAGAAAUCCGAGCACUUAUCGAGAAAUGCACAUCGUAAUAGCAAAGUUUGUAAGAUGGAACUAAGUGCAGCUAUUGACAAAACUGACAAAGGUGAAGGAAUCACGCGAAUGAUUCACGAUUCCAUUCUUUAUCAGUGGCAUCAACACUCACCACGUCAUAUCUUCGAAGAGAGUCUAGAGGACAUUGCUGUUAACAAAACUGUUCAUCAAUCCUCAACUUUCGACAGCACGAAAGCACAGAACGCUUUGAUCCAGGACUCGAAUUCUUAUAUUCGCACGAAAGACGAAUUUCAGUCAUGGUGGGAAAUUGAUUUGGCCAGCUACGUCGAAGUGCACUCUGUAAAAAUUCGAUUUCAAAGAAGCUCUCACUCUUUCCCCAUACACAUUUGUAUUUUGACGAAUAGUGGCAUAGGGCGUAAUUUUGCAGACAUCAUUGGAGAUUGUGUAAGUUUUAAGAGCAUUAUCGACGACACAGGCUCAUUGAUCGAGUUUGUGGCUCCACCAAAGUCAAAAGGUAGAUUUAUUCGUGUCCAGUGUGAAUGCGACGCUGCUUUGCAUAUUGAGCGUGUCCACGUCUAUGUGCAUAAAGCUGUGAGCGAUCCAAUUGAAAGACAUCACAAUUAUUGCGAAUCGACAAUCAACUCGACUCAAGAUCCAGUUAAGCUUAAAUCAAAGCAAACAAAAAAGAUGGUUGUUGCAUCUGGUAUGAGGUGUGCAAGCACUGUGAGUAAAGCUACGGAAAGUCUACACGAUGAUCCUACGUCAACUUUUGGUUCCCAAGAUAAGAAAAGUAUUUCAAGACUGUACGCACGAUUCAAGGGCUUGUUGGACGCUCGAGCGAGAUAUAUCACUCCUGAAUAG